CAGUAGGCCAUCGAUUUCGGAACUUACUGCCAUGACUCUGGACAACGGUGCAAAGAACCAAUACCUGGCAACAUUUCUGCUAAACUGUUUGGCUAUCAGCUACGGUUCAAGUUCCGGAUGGAUGUCGCCUUCGAUUUUAAUUUUAAUGUCGGAAAACUCCCCCUUGAAAAGUGGCCCUAUAACCGCUGAUGAAGGAGCCUGGAUUGGGGCGAUACUGUGCGUCGGAGGGCUGGUUGGAAGCACCGCAUCUGGUUGGAUGGCCGAUCGAUACGGUCGAAAGAGGACGGCUUAUGUGGCAGUUAUUCCGCAAAUUGUUUCGUGGAUAAUGGUCAUGGUAGCUGAUAAUGUGUAUUAUUUGUACGCCAUGCGGCUUUUGUCUGGAUUUGGAGGAGGAGUCUGCUACACGAUCAUUCCAAUGUUCAUUGGGGAAAUUUCGGAAGACAGAAAUCGUGGAAUGCUCGGCGCCACCUUCAUUGUAUCCAUAAACAUAGGACAGCUGUUUAUGUACAUCUUAGGGGCUUGGGUACCAUACACCGUAGCGCCCUAUGUGCUAAUUCUCAUACCAGUGAUAUUCUUCAUUGGGUUCACUAUGCUUCCAGACACACCUUUGCAUUACAUGAAGAAAAACAACUAUCAGAGUUCUGAAGAAUCGUUAAAAUUCUACCGCGGUUACCCUGCCGGAGAGCAGUAUGUCUCAGCGGAAAUACAGCGAGAUUUACACAAACUAAGAGACAAUUGUAGAAGCGACAAACAAACUACUCAGAAGCAUAAAAUCACUUGGAGCGAUUUAAGCACACAUCACGCCAGGAAAGCAUUCCUUAUUGGGGUUACUUUAGUGGCUUUGAAUAAUUUAUCCGGUUGCUUUGCCAUGCUCAGCUAUGCGGAAUCUAUUUUCCGGGAGUCCGGGUCUUCACUGUCAGCGGACAUAUCGGCCAUCAUUACAGGUUCAUUGCAGGUUGUCGGAUCGUAUUGUUCCACGGUUAUGGUGGAGCGAGUUGGAAGAAAGAUACUCCUGAAAAUAUCCGGCAUUGGAAUGGCAAUAGGUUUGGGCACCUUUUCGGGAUACUUAUUCGUCAAAGCUCUCGGCUACGAUGUUGACUCGUUCAAAUGGCUCCCAUUGGUGUGUUUCUCGUUCGUAAUUUUCAUAGCCUCCGUAGGGGUCUUGCCACUGCCGUUUCUGAUACUGGCCGAGUUAGUACCACAAAAAGUGAAAGAAUUCAUAUUCAGUACCUGCGUUGGUUUCGCCUGGAUAUUUUCAUUCAUUGCCGUCAAGUUCAUUUCCACGCUGUUCGAUGUUAUUGGAAUGCACGGAACGAUGCUUUUGUUUGCAAUUUUCUCUGCGUGUGGGACUCUUUUUGUGACUGCGAUUAUUCCGGAGACCAAAGGAAAAAGUUAUGACGCUAUUGCCAAACUAAUGGUUUAAAU